CCUCCAUCGCGAUUCUCCUCUCGGCUCUCACCCUCGCCACUCAGUCACUCACCGCGCCACCGCACCACCUCGCCACACCGGCACACCGCCACCGCCUGUCCGCCUCUACCCUCCGCCCGGCCACCCUCGCCCACGGCUCCACCGUCCGUCCACGCCUCCACCACUCCACCAGGCCAUGGAAGUUGUUGAAAGCACGGAUUUGGAUUUCACUAAUGACGUUGAAAGGAUCAAGAAAAAUUGGCAAGAUUUUAUCAAUAAAAAGGAAUAUGAAAUCUCUUGCCUGAAAGAGUCCAUGGCUAAAUCUCAAUCGGUUAUUGAUGAAGGAGAUGCUUUGAUUGCUAAAGUCAUGUUACUUAUUGAUGAUAAAAAAUCCUUGAUUCCUCCAAUAAUCAAGAAGCUGGAGAAGAUCCAUAAGGAAGACAAGGACCUCUCGACUAUGUUACGUAAGGGAUCUGAGAACGUUGAGGAGAAGGGAUCUGAGAACGUUGAGGAGUCUUAUGUUGUCAAAUACAAAGAAGAUGUUGCUGCUUUUGAGGCGCAACUUAAAAGAAAGUCUAUUCAUCUCGAGUUGCUAGUAGAACAGUCCUCCCUGAUUAAGCGGCAUAGGAAGAACAAUUCGCGAGAAAUUGUAGAAGUUGCUAAACAGCUCUCUGAUGUAAUUGGUAUCCUGACCGAGGCCCGGGAUGCCUUGAUGGGAUAUAAGUAGUGUGGGGUUCUAAGGGCUUGCAGCAGAGAAGAUAAAGGAUCAAUUAGUAAUGAACAAUAAAGAAACAUACUGGGUUCCUGAUUUUGUGAAGG